GAAGGCUAAUCUUCCCAAUUACCACAUUCGGAUAGUUGAAUGUUGUGGAGUCGCAUGCAGCGAUGCGCGGGCGCCGCGUGCCACGACUCGCUUCGUUUUGUUCCACUCGGUUCUAGUCCGCCUCGCCGGUCACGCGUGUAUUCCUGACUUUCGGAGAUUUCUUUGCACGUGGUCCACUAUCAAUCGCUCGUCCCGACCUUCUGAGAAGUCAAUAAUGGGCCGAUAACGGCUAAUUGCUAUUAGUUCGCUAUCGUGUGAUAGAUCGCGAGUGUAGUGUUCCCUAGGGGUGUGAUGGCAGAAAAUUGUGCUCUCAUAAUCGAGCCUGUUACAAUGUAUACUCAGACGGAAGCGUUGAAAGAUGUAAAGGACUUAUCGAAGAACUUAAUGAGUGAAGAUUACGAACGUCAAUAUGCAGGACGAGACAGAAAUAACCGGAGACGCAAAGGUUGUGUCAUAUUUGGAGUAACUGUGAGCGCUUUGGCAGUGUGGUUGCUGGUCCUCACAGUUGUCCGGGAAAUGCAAAUAUCUCGUCUCAGGCAAGAACUUGAUGAUCUAUCUGCGAACAUGAUUGCUAUCUCGGCUAACGUCGUGUCUUUAAACCAGAAACUCGAAAACAACAGGCUUUUUAACGAAUUCAAAGCUCUAGAAGACACGAUAUACGCGGAUGAUGAUCAAGACAAUUUAGUAGAAGAACCGAAAGACACAAAAAAAGAUAAACAGAGCUUUGGGCCUUUGGAGAAAUUACACGGACUCACAGUACUAGAAGAUGACACCCAACUCGCUGACGAUGAAGACAUGUACGACGGUAACGAUGACGCCGAAAGUGGUGAUUGGUAUCCGGACUAUGAUCGUCGAAGAGAGAAGAUUGGCACGACGAAUAUGGUACGUCUGAAACCCGAGGACUUCACGGAUUCAGUCGCAGUAGUCAAGUCGGAGCUGGCGUCUAACAUCAAAGAAAUCAAACGACUACUGAACGAGAACCCGGAGAUACCGGAAAGCGCUUUACCUUCAUUAGUACCGACGACAGAUGCUAGUGCCGAGAAGACCUCGCGUGACAAACGCAGUGUGUUCCCAGAUAGUAGUGCUGAUGCCAUAUUCGAUUUUGGAGUACCUAAAGUUAUGUCCAAAAUGGAAGAAAGACGAAAGACGAAAAAGUUCAACCCAAGCAACCCUCCACCGCUUCACAAAGUAACAAGAACCGCCAGGAACAGUGAUUCUGAGGACGGUCAAAGGAGACCCUUCAUAGCCGCUCACUUUCACGGCAACACGUCACAUCUGAGCACCGAAAUUCAUGAAAACUUUAAAGGAAACGGUCUAGUCCGUGUAGCGCACGGCGCUCCGCACGACGUGUGGUACCCCGCUCCGUGGACGAUUGCUUCACCACACCCUCGCCCCACUCUCACGCGCAACGGACACAUACACGUGCACCACACUGGAAUAUACCUCGUAUAUGUUCAGAUUUACUAUUUGGACAGCCACGACAUAAUAUCUUGGGUCUUACACCGCACAAACGCGUACAUGGACGAAAGGGAGACACUCCUGCAAUGCGCGCAAUCCUCUCACUCUGUUGAACCGCAAGACAAACCAAACUCCUGCUUUUCUGCUUCCGCUCUCUUCCUGAAAGCGGGCGACAGACUCGCCGUGAGGAACACCGGUGGAGAUAGACACUCCCUCAUGCAACCCGAGAAGAGUUUCAUAGGUCUCGUUAAACUGGCCGAUGCCGAAGAUCCGACCGAGGAAUUCUAGUUAAAAUAUUAUGUUAUCUAUGUUGUGUAAAUCGUUAUUCGAUAAUUCUAUUCAAAUAAAUUCAGGAUAAUUGGGUAUCCAUUACAAUAAACUAGUAUGUAUCUAUUCUUAUUGGUUAAAGGCGAACAUUGCCUUCAGUGGAUUUAUUUGGCAUGGAAAUUGUUACACGCAUAUCAUUUCAAACGAAAGCUUAUUCUUGCCCAGCUUUAAUAUAUAUUAUGUAUAUUAAUGUUUAGUAGUCAAACGAGUGCCAUUAUGGGAAAUCGAUAAUUAUAAUUAAGUUUUAUUUUAAUUUAAGGUUUCCUUAUUAUUUUGAAUCAAUUCAUGUUAUAAUAGUAACAUAAUUAUUAUUGCGUAUUGAAUUUACAUAUGUGCGUACUUAUUGUAACAGUAAAACUACUCAUAUUUAAAUUAUUAUUAUUUUUUUAAAUAUUCUUGGUAUAAAAAGUGGCCGCCUUUAAUUUAAAAAAAAAAAAAAAAUCAUUCGAAUGUUGAUCAUUAUUUUGAAACAAUUGUGUUACCGUUAGGCUGACCAUAUACUUUUAUUGUUUCUUCUUAUGUUAAGAUUGUGAACUAUUUCGUACUUUAAUGUCGACGUAAUAAAUAGGUACGUAAUAGUAUUUAUAGAUCAUAAGUUAUAAGCAUAUAAACGCUAACGAAAUGUUUACGAAAGAUCUGUUAUGCCAUUGAUAUUUUAAGGUACAUAAUUAAUUUAUUCGUACAAUUAUAUUUACUUUUUUUAUUGAAUAAUUAUUUUCUGAAAAUUUAACGCAAUGUCUCGUUGUGUAUAUUGAUGUUAAAAUGGUAAGAUUAAACUAGUACAAAACUGAA